AGAGAGAGAGAGAGAGAAAUGGGUAGAGCCCCUUGUUGUGACAAAGCAAGUGUGAAGAAAGGGCCAUGGUCUCCUGAAGAAGAUGCAAAACUCAAAGAAUUCAUCGAGAAAUUUGGUACUGGUGGUAACUGGAUUGCUCUUCCACAAAAAGCUGGUCUCAAAAGAUGUGGGAAGAGUUGCAGGUUGAGAUGGCUAAACUAUCUGAGACCCAAUAUCAGACAUGGUGAAUUCUCUGAUGAAGAAGACAGGAUCAUCUGCAGUUUGUAUGCCAACAUUGGUAGCAGAUGGUCGGUAAUAGCCGCUCAACUACCGGGAAGAACCGACAAUGAUAUCAAGAAUUACUGGAACACCAAGUUGAAGAAGAGGCUUUUGACAAUGGUUCCUUCCCUUCAGGAAAAACCAACUUUUUUUCCAUCUUCGCCAUUCCAACCACCACCAUAUGAUCAUCAUGCACCAGACAACUUCUUAACCACUUCAUCAUCAUUUUACACUUAUACCCCUAACUUCAUGAAUGUUGACAGCACUUCCAACUCUCUUCCUGUUCAUGAUAUUAAUCAUAUUAAUGUUGCUGCUGAUAUCUCAUCACCACACCCACCAUCUGCAAAUAAUCUAAUUAGUUUGAUGAGAAGCGACACCACCAUUGAUGUUAAUGAUAACUGUAAUAAUUAUCUAGGGUUUCCAGAUGACCCUCAUACCAUGUGCAACAGUCCAAUGAAGGCAUACUACGCUGCAUCAACUAUGAAAGAAGGCAUGCUCAUGUUUGGAAGUACAGCAUGUUCAUCUAGCCAUGUGAAUUACACCAAAGAUCAUCAUCAGAAGAAUCAGUAUCAGAUCAAGCAAGAAGUUGACCAAAUGACACUUCAUGAUCAGGUUCUUGGAGAUCAAAUUCAAACGCAGAGUUUGAUGGUCAAUCAGAAGCCAAAAGAGUUCAUGUUCGCGAACCAUGUAAGUCCAUUGCAUAAUGAUCUUGAGGAAGUGAAACACAACCUCAACGGCUAUUUGUUCCAUGAUGGUGAUGGAAACAAGGCAACACACUAUCAGAAAGGAAUGUGCUCCUACUUUUACUAAUUAGGUUAAAAUUAAUUAAAACUUCUUGUAAUUAAGUGGCAAGUAAGAGAAGAUGAUCAUUUAGGUUAUUAUUUGUAAGGCUUUGUGAGGAUGUUUUUUGGUUUACUAAAGAAGGU